AUGGGUAGCUCUGGCGAGCCCGACGGCCAGCAGCCGGUUUAUGAUUUUGAGCCUGCCGGCUGGAUCGAUCUUACGGAUGCCUGCCAUCACUACGAAGGCAAGCACGAGGUGCCGUGGGAUAUUCAAAAAUAUUUCUCUCAACGCUACUCCAUCUUUUCCUACUACGACGAUGGCAUUUGCAUGACUGAUGACGCUUGGUUUGGCGUAACGCCAGAACCAAUUGCAAAUAAAAUUGCCGAGGAUAUGAAAUCGUCACCCAAGAAAAUAAAAAUCCUGAUAGACCUCUUCUGCGGCGCUGGCGGCAACACCAUUGCGUUUGCGCUGACAGAGAGAUGGGACCGAAUAAUAUCCAUUGAGCGCGACACAGCCACUCUUGCAUGCGCGCAGAAUAACGCGAGCGUUUACGGCAUAGACGAUGGCUACAUAACCUGGGUGCACGGCGAUAGCUUUGCGUUUCUCAAGACGCUCUUCAGCAACCCUGUGGCGCUGCAUCCUGAUCUUCAGGUCGAUCUUGACGCGACAAUUCUGUUUGCCAGUCCUCCUUGGGGUGGGCCUGGUUACUCGACAGACGAGGUGUUUAACCUGAACAACAUGCAACCAUAUAGCAUCGCGGACUUGCACGAGGCUUACAAGCCCCUCGACCACGUCCUGUUUCUGCCGCGCACAAGUGAUCUGAGGCAACUGGCAAAACUUGCUCCAGAUAACAAAAAGAUUGACAUUGUUCAAAUGUGUAUGGAGGGCGCAAGUAAAGCGUUGGUUGCAUAUGUGCCUGGACGAGGGAUGGCGAAGGCCUGA